AUGGCCUCAAUUCCGCUCCAGCUUGCAAGGCUUGCAAGGCAUCUGGGCCGCCGCGCGGCGAGGAAGAAGUUCUCCAUCGCGCUGGCCGUCGGAGUGAUUUUCUUUCUUAUACCCCUUGUUCUCUACUUCCUGCUUGCCUAUACUCUCGCUGGCGACCCUAGACUGGUACCACAUGCGAUCCGCAACGCGCGGAAUAAAGAAAGCAUUUUUAAACCAGUCUAUUAUUUUCAAAACAAAACUGAUUUCAAACUUUUAGGCAACUAUGAUGGUCUCGGUGAGGAGAGGAAAGCCGAAGCCAAAGCCAGCUGUGCCACGCUCGGAAUUUCCCCGGAUCGAUGUGUAGUCCUCAAUCAUCCUGACUUGCAAGAUAAUCCCAAGAAAUGGUGGGAUGAAGACAUCGUCAAGGAUGUCCUCCAGAAGCAUGUUCGCAUGUGGAAUAUUGACUUGAUCAUUACCUUCGAUCAAUACGGUAUAUCAGGCCAUGUCAACCACAGGUCUGUCAGCAACGGCGUCCGCAAAUACGCCAUUGAGAACAACCACCAGCCUCCAGCCUACGCCGUCCAGACCAAGUUCGUCCUCCGCAAAUACUCCUCUCUCGCGGACCUGAUCCCGACAUCACUCCCUUUCUCGCUGCGGAUCCUCCAGGCCCUGUUCGUGGCACCCCCAGAGGGGUACACAGGCGAUAUGGGUCCCGCGAGGCCUCCUGCCGGUGGCGAUCGGUACGGUGACAAGGCCCUGAUUGUAAUACAAGAACCGUCCGAAGAGAAGAAGGGUAAAAAGGAAAAAGACAUCAAUGAAGUGGGAAAAAAGGCCGGCCAGCUUCUAUGCAACUUUCAAUAUUGA